UUCAGGGCUCGUCGAUAUUUCCGAGUAGACAAACAUCGUUUAUUUCUCUGAUAGUAACGGUUUAUACGUGAAAGUAACAAUAAGUUCCAAACAGUGUUUUUAAGUGUGAAUAUAAACAUUUUCCCUUAAAACAUACUUUUUAUCUCUCCAAAGUAAGCUUAACUACAACUCACGAGUGCUCUUUCACAGCUUGCGGAAGAGAUUAGAGCACUGCAAUUGAGUUAGAAAAUAUUCCCGGCGCUAGUCGUUGACUUCCUGUCUCGAUUUUUGUCAGCAUUACCAGAGACUAUCCGUAUUUCUACGAUUAUUAAAGUGGUGCAAACUUCACACUUGUUUAAGCACUCCUCAUUAACCCCUAUUGUUAUCAGGAAACCAACGAACAUUCGCGUUACAGAUUUUACAAAAUACCACAGCCAACAAUGGUAAUGGACGCCCAGCCUUCGCCGCAAAAUGUCGGACGCGAGUUUGUUCGUCAAUAUUAUACUCUCCUCAAUAAGGCUCCCGAUCAUCUCCAUCGUUUCUACAACAAUUCUUCAAGCUUUCUGCAUGGUGGUUUAGACGCUAAAAGUCUGGAAGCAACGCUCGUGAUCGGCCAAAAGCAGAUACACAGCAAAAUCCAACAGCUUAACUUCCGUGACUGUCACGCCAAGAUCAGUCAGGUGGAUUCACAGGCAACACUAGGGAACGGUGUGGUAGUACAGGUGACGGGUGAGCUGUCGAAUGAUGGGCAACCAAUGCGUCGUUUCACGCAAACAUUUGUACUUGCCGCGCAGUCCCCUAAAAAGUACUACGUUCAUAAUGACAUUUUCCGCUAUCAAGAUUUGUACUCGGACGAAGAGCUAGAUGACGCAAGUGAGCGAGCGAACGGCGAGGAAGAAGCCGUCCACCAGCUCGUCAACGAUGCUACUGAUGGUGCACUUGUUCUUGGUGAUUCCAAGCUUGUUGGUGCGACCACGCACAACGUUGCGUCCAGUCUAGUGAAUGUCGGUGUUCACCAACAUCAUCCACAGCAUCAAGUUCCGUCGACGCAUACCGCUCAAAACACUCAACAACAACAACAGCUAUUCUAUCCUGCGAAUGUGAUAAACUCAUCGUCGGUGGUUCUACCGGCGGCCUAUGGCGCCCCCUCAGCAGCUCAAACGCAAACCACUUCCCAGCAGCAGCUCCUGAAUGGGCUCCACGACAACAUGCUGAAAAGUGUGCCCACCGCGGAUAGUGUUGCAUCUACUGGUGUUUCGCUCCUAUCGUCAGCUAAUAUUGAGCAUGGGAAUGUUAGUACUGGAAGUUCCAAUCUAAAGUCGGUGGCUGAUCCGAGCAAUGUCGCUAUACAUUCGCACCUCAGUCAAACCGUUGUUUCCAGUCAACAUCAGCCUCUUCAAUCGCUUACCCAAAUUCAAGCAUCGACUGUUAAUCAACUUGGAAUAUCUCAGCAGCAACAGAAUCGCCACCAGCUAUCCUCAAUAAACGAUUCGGACGCGGUGAAAAGCUCUCUUAACUCGAAUGAUGUGAAUUCAGGGACCACAAUGCCCGGAAUCGUUUCAUCUGCCCAUGUCGAUGCAACUGCGACUGCACUACAAAAUGCCUCUCUGCUUGAUCGCAAUGCCACCGAUUUAGACAAACAGCAGCAGCAACAGCACAAGCCGCCGCAACACCAGCAACUACAUUCGCAUUCCCAGCAACAACAAACACAUCAGCAUCAAAAACCUCAGACAUCCGGAAGUAGUAUGUUCGGAAAGCAACAGCAAACGGCUUCGGUCACGUUAGAACCUAAAACGUACGCUAACUUAGUUAAAUCUGGAGUUAGUGCUAGUUCCCCAUUGAGUUUUUCCUCUACAAUGCAAUCGUCACUAAAUUCACACAACCAGCAGCAGCAGCAGGGUUCACAAAGUAGCGGUGGAGGAAGUAAUCACCCUCAACAGCAUCAACAAUCGCAACAUCAGAGUUAUAAUGCAAGUUCGGUUGGAGGUAACAGUCGGCAACAGCGAGAUAUUCUUUCACCUCCACCAGUCGUUGCAGCCUCAAACGCUUCUAACGGCGGAGGUUUGGGCUCAAAUGUAGUGGGAGUGAGCAGCAAGUACAGUUCUGACCGUCAGGACGACAGGAUCAGCGCUGGCCUCAGUGGUUCUGGAACUGGUAUGUCUCAGCAGCGUUCGCAACAACUGCGGCCGCUACGUAGCAACGGCACUAACAGUAACUCGUUGAGUGGUACCGGUGGAGGUAGUAUGCGACAACAAGAAGGCCGACAGUCAUCAUAUUCCAGGCAGAAUUACGACAGUGAAGAUCGUCGCCAAGGUGCUCCCUCACAGUUCGGCGACAACCAUCAACUAUUCCUAGGAAAUAUUCCACACCAUGCAACUGAAGAUGAGUUGAGGACUCUGUUCAGUAAGUUCGGAACGGUUGUGGAUUUGCGUAUCCUUUCAAAAUCUGUGCAGAAAAUGCCUGGAGUCCGGACCCCACCCCACUACGGUUUUAUAACCUACGAGGAUCCCAGCUCCGUGCAGACUUGUCUGUCUAAUAUGCCUCUAUUUUUCCCUGAAAAUUCUCCCGACGGGCAAAAACUUAACGUGGAAGAAAAGAAAACACGUAUUCGCGGCCCAGGUGAAGGUAGCGGCCGUAUCAAUAAUAAUGGUGGAGGGUUGGGUGGAAACAGCUCCAAUGUCAAUGGACCACGAUCGGGAGGCAACAAUGCCGGCCAGUCACGCCCUUCUGGUGGGCAGGGUGGAGCUGGAUCAAACCGUGGCAGUGGAGGCCCCAGUCAGCGCAGUAUUGCAAGUGGAAAUGGAGGGGUUGGCAGUAGUGGAAACCGCGGCAGUGGUGGCAGUGGAGGCUAUGGACAACGCUCAGAACGAGGCAAUGUUGGAAACACCCAGCGAUCACUAGGAAACAGCAGCACUAUCAGCAACCGUGGAUUUGGUACGGGAUUUUAGAAUCGGAAAAUUGAAGUAUAGGUAUAGAUGGGAAAUCAGAACAGCAUAUCCCGUGUUGGUUGAUGGAACGGCUGCAUAGAUAAUGAAAGCAAAAAGCAAAUAGCAAGAGUGUACUGUUUGUGUAACAAGUGAGUGAUCAGCGUAAAUAGAAAACGCUUUUUGUCUCUA